GCUGCAGAGAAUACCGCUUGUAUUUGGAACAGAAGUCUGCCUCCAUCCAGUUCUUUUUGUUCCCAAAAAGGAUAACAUCCAUCUCAGAAGAGAAACCUUCUUACACUUGGUGACCAGAGGUGUGGCAAUUCUUUUUUUUUCUUCCUGGUGGAUGAUUUGCACCGAGGACGGGUUUUUCUGACAACUAACGUCUCUUACAGAUUUCAUUCCUACGCUGUCCUGUUAUUUGUGAACACUGGUAAGAGGCAAUAUAUUUUUUUUCUGUUCUGUUACCUGGCACGUAUGGACUUUCAAGUUUAAGUUUUUUUUCCCCUUUGUGAAGCGCUUUUUAAGACACCUUGUGCUCAUUAAGAUGUCCGUAAGAGCUGAUUCAGCAAACUCAGGGGAUAUUUUAAGUGACUUUUGGAGAAUGACAGAGGCUCAGCGACCACACAGUUCCCAUUUGUUCUCUAUUGCAUUGCCCCCUAUUUUUAAAGGUGAUGGGUCUGAAUCUUUUGCAAAUUGGGCUCGACAGUUUGAAGUGGCUGUUGCAGCACUGCACCCUGUGGCUGCUUCUGAGUUACAACCAGUGUUAGCAGCUCUACUUCCCACACGUUUAUCAGAAACAGCAUUUUUGUAUUGAGAUAAUCUCCCCACAGCUUUACAACAAGAUUACACUGCAGUUUCAUCUAAGCUGAAGGAAGUUUUUGGGUUUAAACAAUUCCUGCCUUUCUUUCAGACCUACAUUAAUGCUCGUCCAUGAAAACCUAAUGAAAGUUUAGAAGUUUAUGGAGCUGAAAUAAUGUGUCAUGUUCUUGAGACAUUUCCAGAUUAUGAUACUAAUGCACAAAAUAGUGAGAAAUUUCGUCGCUUUGUUGCUGGUUUAGACCCCAUGUUGCAAUCUAAAAUUCAUGAAAUGGGUGCAAAAAAUAUUGAAGAGGCCCUUACAGUGGCUAAUCGUUGUGAGAGAGCCAGAGAAUUACUAAAUAUGACCUCUACCUCUGCAUCUCAGCCAGUGUAUUCCUCCCCUAGUACUACUACCACUGCUGAGCCAUCUGGUUCUAUGGUGAAUACCUCAAAAAACAGUGAUCACCAUCUGUGGCGUGCUAUGGAAAAUCUAACAUUGAAGGUGGACUCUUUACAAACACAUCUAAACCAGCUACAGGAAUCCAAUCACCUGCUUGCUAGACAGUUAGGAUUUACUUCUGAAGGACAUCAUCCUCCCUACUUGAAACCCACCCGUUACAAGAGAGACCAUUCUGUUUCAACUCUGGAUGACUCUCAUCAACAUCCAUUCCAUCAUUCACCUGAUAGACAGCUUCUGCAUUAUUCUAGGAGUCCACAAUGUUUCCACACUGUCGCUUCACAAUUAUACACAGAUUAUGAUGAUGAGGAAUUUUCAAUUAGUCCCUAUUCUCAUUCUGUUUAACCAGAUAGUAAACAGUGGCCUGAAGAGUGAUACUAUGCUAAAUGAUCAAGCUGUGGUGAGUACAGGCACCGCAGUCCUAGCCCAAUAAUGAGAAGACAUAGUGAAGUUAGUCCUACAAGACCCCAGUCACGUUCUGUUCAUUUGUUUUCUCCCAUACAAAGAUCAUCUUCCCCUACUUCUCAUUCCCAGAGCUCGGGAAACGAUCAGUAGUUAGUGUUGAGGGGCACACAUUAGCUUCGACAAUAGCAGCCCCACAUGCUGCGCACAAGCCAUAUAGCAGUAAUGUUAACAAUACACAUCAUAAACUGUCCCCUCACUGAAAAGGACCAUUUGAAACUGUGGAGCGUAUGGGUUCUUCUAGGGAUGCCUUGGGUGUAACUUAUCGUAUAAGGUGCCGUUUUGAACCUACCAAGUUACAAGUUGUCCAUUAUAAUCGUCUGAAGAGAUAUACUUCUCCACUUCCCACUAUGCCACUCAUUCCAGGACCUCCACAUGGAAAGUUACCUAAACUGACUGCACUAUCUGGCUCGCUCCCCUUUGUACCAGCUACUCAGAUGCAACAGGAAGCUGAGGUUCACUUGGGUAAAGAGAACUUGACUCGGUUUGGACACGACACAAAAACUAAUCCUGCUGUUCAGCUGGAAUCUGGGACAAAUCAAGAAGCACUUUCUCCUGUUGAAGAUGUUCCACAUGAGCCAACUCAGCACGACUUCAUCGACCUAUCCUACCAAAACGUUUUAAAGACUUUGUAAUGGGUUAAAAUAUUACAUUGUUAACUUGUUGAUGUGUUUUCUAAGUUGUAGAUUUACAAGGCUAGAAACGUGGAUGUUUCUUUUCUGAGGGAGGGAGUAAUGUAAAGUUAUGUUGUCACUUAAGCAUUAAAUUGGAGAAGUAAAUGUUCAUUAUAUUAGAAUGGGAAUAGGGAUAUACCUAUACAGUGUUUAGAUUUGCAAUAUCCAUUACCCUGUUAAGUUGUAAUGUGUUAGAAAGUAGUGUUUAUAAAGUUAAGCAUUCAAGAUCUGGGAGGAUAUGUGAGAGGAAGUAAGAUUGUUAUUGUUUUUUCCUGACCAUGUGCUAGCAGCUGCAGAGAAUACAGCUUGGAUUUGGAACAGAAAUCUGCCUCCAUUCAGUUCUUUUUGUUCCCAAAAAGGAUUCCAUCCAUCUUAGAAGAGAAGCCUUGUUACAAAAAAGAAGAAGAAAUUGGAAAAAGUCAAUAAGCCCCCCAUCACAGAGACAAAAAUGGAAGCAGUCAGUGUCAACUCUGCAUUGCAGGAGGCCACAGCUGAGAAAAAGAGCAAAAGGAUUUUGCAGAAGGCCAAAGGGGGUGCAGAAACAGUAAGCCAGGAAAAACGUCAGAAGCCCAUGUCAGGGAGGAGAGAGCGGGUGCAGGUUGCUGUGGAGGAGAGUUCCAGUGGAAGCAGCAGCUCUCCUAGCCCUGGUGACACGCUGCCGUGGAACCUUGCCAAGCACCAAAGGACCAAGCGUUCAAAAUCUGCAUCGGGAAAUGGAACUGUUUUGGAUCCAGCUGAGAGGGCCGUCAUUCGCAUUGCAGCUCAAAGAAGAGCACAGGUUUUGGAAGUGGCAUACCAGACAUUGUGAUAACAUGGCCAUCUCUCUGGAGCUCGAG